ACCCGGAAGUGGGCGGGAAACUCGCCUCCGCUGGUUCGUUGCUCGGCGUCGCUUUUCUUCGGGAAUUUUAUCUCUACGCUGCUCAUCAUGUCGUCCACUGUGAAAAAACUGGAAGUCACCUUUAAUCCCAUCAACAAGAACAACACAUUUACCUGUGGCGACACCGUUUGUGGGCAAGUCGCGCUGGAAGUGGCCAAAGACUGUGAGAUAGAGUCUCUGUCCAUUAAAUUCAAAGGAAAAGCAGAAGUUCUGUGGACCGAGAGACACGGAAAAACCACUGUUACUUACCACUCCAAAGACAAAUACUUCAGCUUUAAACAUUACUUCACUGGAGGCGGAAAAGAGGAGGGUGACGAACAAACUCUACUGCCAACCCAGAACCUAAAUACGUACAGCAGUGUUGUUGCCCCAGGAACCCACGUCUACCCGUUCACUUUUCAGAUCCCUGAUCAGGAUAUGCCCUCCUCCUUCAAAGGGUCUGUCGGUAAAGUUGUGUUCUUGCUGGAAGCCACGUUGAGCAGAUCAAUGAGGAUUAACAAGAGAGAUUCAACUAAGAUCAACUUUGUGUCAAACGUAGACUGGAACAGUGUCCCUGGGCUAAUGACACCACAGCAUGAGUCUAAGGAAAAGAAAAGCAUUCUUUUCAGCUCAGGAACUGUAGCCAUGGAUGUGAACAUUGAAAAAACUGGUUUCGUCCAAGGAGAAGGAUUAAAGGUUGUGGCCUUCAUUCAGAACAAUUCAUCUCGUGAGAUCAAACCCAAGUACUGUGUGUACAGAAAGCACAGCUUCUUUGCAAGAGGGAAGAGAAGACUGGAUACUAAAAACCUCUUUAAAGAGGUGGGCGACCCCAUCCCUCCAUCUUCUAAUCAAAACGUCACAAGGGUCAUCACCAUUCCCCAUGAUUUGGAGCCCUCCAUCCUCAACUGCAGCAUCCUCAAAGUGGAGUACAGACUCAGGGUCUACCUCGAUGUCAAAUAUGCUUCAGACCCAGAGCUCAAAUUUCCCAUCAUCAUCCUACCAGCCUAUCAGCGCUCCACUGCUGCAGCGCCACCUGCUGCGGCUGGCUUUGGAUUUGAACCAUUUGGAAACCCAAAUCCUCCAGUCUGGGGCACUGUAGCACCACAACCACCAACAGAACCACAACCCUCAGAUCCUCCUCCUCCCUAUGGAGCAUAUGGAAUGUACCCUCCUAUGAAGGAUUUUGGAUUGUGGCCCUCAAGGACCAGGAUUGCCCACCCCUGGGUUAAGUUCACUCAUUGGAACCCCAGCGUCAAAGUGUCGGUGAAUGCAGCCAGUCAGUUGUGUGGCUCACUCAUAAACAUCUCAGACAGGGCAAAAGACACAUUUGCCUCUUUAGUUGAUGGAGACGCACACAGAUCUCACAGCAUAACUGGAGCUUAAGUUGAGUUUUUGUUUUUU